AUGUGGGAGCUGCUGAACCAUGAAGAGCUCUGGCAGGAGGGUGGGACUGGAAGAUGGAGCAGAAGGAUAGAAAAGUCCUCUGAGGAUGGGACCACUGUCUCCCCAACUGCAGAGGCCCCGGGAACGCUGGGAGGUGGAGCCUCUGCAGAGGAGAAGGCCAAAGGCACAGCGGGGAGCACUGAUACAGAGGGGCCUCCCCAUGGGGCAGGAAAGCAGGAAAGAGCUUCAGCCAUGGACAAGGUUUCAGCUGAGUUCCAGGGGGAAGCUAACGGGCUGGAUGAGGGCAAGGUGGAGGCCACAGUAGAGUCUGAACUUCCAGAGGAGGAUGGUGGGAAGGAGGAAACUACAGCCGCUGCUCAGGAGCUGACUGAUGGGAAAGCAGAGACUAAAUCUGAGUCCAAGGAGGCUGAGGGAAAAGAGGAGACGGCGCUGGCCUCUGAGAAGCAGAAAGCUGACGAGAAAGCAGCCAAACCCGAGUCCCGGGAGAAAGCUGGAGUUGAUGACGAGACCAAGGCUGAGCCAAAGCAGGCGGCUGGGGAGCAGGGGGCCCCCACAGCCUCUCAGGAGGAGAGCAGCAAAACAGAUGAGCCCACGGCUGAAGCCCAGGAGAAAGCUGCUGCCCCCGAGGUCAAGUCGGACUCUGAGAAGCCUGCUCCAGAAGAUAAGGCCAAGGCCAAACCGCAGGAGGGUGACCUGCAGGAGCAGGUGGAGCCAGACAGUCCCAGUGAAGAGCAGGACCAGGGUGUGGAGAGAGAGUCGGAGGGAGGGGCUGGGGUAAUGCCCAGCUCCCCCAAGGAGUGGCCUGAGAGUCCCACGGAGGAGAGCCAGGGCCUCAGCCCAGAUGGGUUGGGCCCAGACAACGAAGCUUCCACAGAGACCGGUCCUUCAGCCAGUGAGUCUUCACCCAGCGAGGUGCCCCAGAGUCCUACGGAGCCCCCUCCCCCACAGGAGAAGAAGGAGAAGGCCCCGGAACGCAGGGUGUCAGCCCCUGCCCGGCCCCGGGGGGCCCGUGCACAGAACCGCAAAGCCAUCGUGGACAAGUUUGGCGGGGCAGCCUCGGGCCCCACGGCCCUGUUCCGGAACACGAAGGCCGCGGGGGCAGCCAUCGGCGGUGUCAAGAACAUGCUCUUAGAGUGGUGCCGAGCCAUGACAAGAAACUACGAGCAUGUGGACAUCCAGAACUUCUCCUCAAGCUGGAGCAGCGGCAUGGCCUUCUGCGCCCUCAUCCACAAGUUCUUCCCCGAUGCCUUUGACUACGCUGCGCUGGACCCCACAAAACGCCGGCAUAACUUCACCCUGGCCUUCUCCACAGCAGAGAAACUGGCCGACUGUGCCCAGCUGCUGGAGGUGGAUGACAUGGUGCGAUUCGCAGUACCCGACUCCAAGUGCGUCUACACCUACAUCCAAGAGCUGUAUCGCAGCCUCGUGCAGAAGGGACUGGUGAAGACCAAGAAGAAAUGAGCUGCCCGAGCCUGUGGGCAGAGGUGAGCAGGAUGCCCAGCUGACAAGCCAUGGCCCCGUGGCUCUCACUUCUAUGGAGACCAGAGAGUUGGGCCUCAGGCAAAGGCAGGUGGCACCUGUCUUAAUUGCAUUAAAAGUAUUUUUGUAAAAUUCUGUGAGGCCCUUCAGUGUUCCCUCCCUAUCCUACCCAGGAACCUCUCUCACUCUGGGAUAAUAAACUCUGGCUGCUGGGUUUCCCACCUGACCCAGUUCCUCACCUGACACAAUCAUUUCAACAGCCACAUAAGGCAUUUGGAAAAGGACAAUGGCCUGGGUCCCAGCAUUAACCAGCUGUGUGACCUUAGGCCAGUGAGUUAACUUCUCUGAAUGGGAAGAGUAGGAGUUCAAACCUCAUGGAGGUGUUUGAGGGUUGAAUGACAUAAUGAAAUAAGCAAAAAGUCUUGCCUGGUACCUGUACUUAGUGUUCGGUAAGGAGUGGCCAAAAGUCAAAACAAAUCUUACAUUUUGAGCCAGUGGUGACACUUCUCUCAAUUCUCUUCCCUCUUCCCACACUUCUCCCAGAUUAGUGAACCCCAGGGGGGCUGGAGUAGAAGAUUCUCUAGAAAUUUCAUCCAAACGAGGCUAGUGGGGCCUAUGGUGAUUCCUUUGACUCAAUAUACCCCACAUUCUGUCUCAAAAACGAGGGUUUUCCAGUAACUUAGAACCAUUGCACCCAGAAAGUUCUUCCUUUGGGUUAAGUUAAUCCCUCCAACUCUGGCUGACGUUUGGGCUGGUUUUUGUUUUUCCACUGCUCAUGAGUGAUGCACCACUGAGCUGGUUAUAACACUCUUGUCUGGAGAAUGUGAG